AUGCCGAUCUAUAGGAAAAAUAAACGACCAAAGGCAACCGCCAGCUACGAGGUGCUGAACAACAACGUCGACUAUGGAACGCGCCGCAUCGAGCAGCUUCCGCGUCCGUACAGCUGUCAGGUAACGCCCUACCGGGAGCUGGACUUUAGCGAGCGAACGAAGCGGGCGGCUCAGGCCGUGGUGCCGUUCUUUCUCGGCCCGUGCAAGGCCAUCUUCAUCGGGGAUGUGGCGAUCGGCAAGACGUCGCUGGUGAAUCGUUUCUGCCACGAGGCGUUCGACGGUGACUAUACGGCCACGAUCGGGCUGGACUUUGAGGUGGAACGGUUUCAGAUCCUCAACCAAGCUUAUACGUUACAAAUCUGGGAUACGGCGGGACAUGAGCGGUUCAAGUGUAUUGCCCAAUCCUACUACCGUAAUGCGAACGUCAUCGUAAUCGCGUUCGAUAUGACCCGUCCGGAAUCGCUACUCAACGGGAAACGAUGGCUAGACGAGGCGCUACGACUCAACCAGGGCCCCGUAUUAAAGUUUCUAGUCGGUACAAAGAAGGAUCUGUUGUCCGAUCAGGCACUCUGUGAUAUCGAGCUGGAGGCAAUCAAAAUGGCGUACGACAUUAACGCUGAGUACUGGCCCGUGUCGGCACGCACCGGCGAAAAUGUGACCAAAUUCUUCCGCCGCCUGACUGCCCUCGCCUUCGACCAUGGAGUCCAGAGGGCGAUGGAAACGAAUGACUCACUGCUACAACCACCCGGCAAUAGUUUGCUAAAUCUCUAUUUCUUGCGAAAAGAGAAGAAGGAGAAAAAGUUUCUCAAAUGUUUCACCUGUACAAUAAACUAA